UGUAGAAAAGGUUCCAACACUUAGCCGUCGUUUGCUACGAUGACAAAAGCCCUGCAACUCUUGGUCUUCUUCUCCUCGCUGGCCCUGUCCCUUCUUCCCUACCCAAUUGCUCUCUCCCAAACUUCCUCCGCCGUCUGCCCGCUCGACUUCUCCAUCAUCCGCCGCUUCGUCUCCGCCUCCUCCUUCUCGUCCCUCUCAGCCGACGCCCAAACCCACUGCAAUUUCAUCCUCCAGUUCCUUCACCUCGUCUUCGCCCAAUACCUCCUAACGAAUUCCCUCUUCCACGCCUCCCUCGCUGACGCUCCAGUUUGUUGGGCUGGGUUCGAGGCCGCCCUCUCUCCACUCUUCGCCGACGCCCCGUUCGACGUUCGCGCCGGCUGCGGCUUCCGCACCGACUGGAUCGCUCGUGGCUGCAUGAACCUCACCUCGCGAGGGGACUUCGAGGACCUCGUCCCGCGCUCCGCCAUUGCCGAAAUCGGUUCCUACUGCAAUCAAUCCCUCCACUCCUCUCUAGUCUGCGUCGCUUGCACUGCCAGCCUCAACCGCUUCAAGGCCGCGUACCUUCCCGGGCCCGAUUACGGAAACGUCUCCGACUGCAACUCCUACCCCUUCAUAUACUCUGCCGCCGCCAUCAGCGGCAGCCCCUCCAGCGACGAUAAUGCUUAUUGUUACUUCCUCCUCUCCGCUAACUCCACUUCAUCCCCGCCCCGCUCCGGAGGCGGACGCGGCGGCGGAUCGUCCAUCUGGAUCUACGUCGUUUGCAUCCUGUUCCUUCUCCUGCUCAUUUUUGCCUCGUUGAUCUGGAUCCGAAGGCGCCGUUCCCUGCGGAGGACGCCGCCAACACCAGCGGAGACUAGGCCCUCUCGGGCGCUAGAGUCGAUCAGCGCGAGCACGACAUUAAUCAAGUUCACCUACGAGGAAAUCCAAUUGGCGACCAGAAAUUUCUCGAGGGAUAACGUCAUCGGCCGCGGCGGCUACGGAAACGUCUUCAAGGGCGUCCUGGCGGACGGGACCGAGGUCGCGCUGAAACGCUUCAAAAACUGCUCUGCCUCAGGGGACGCGAGCUUCGCCCAUGAGGUGGAGGUGAUCGCCAGCGUCCGCCACGUGAACCUCCUCUCGCUGAGAGGCUACUGCAUCGCCACCACCCAGAUGGAGGGGCACCAGAGGAUCAUUGUCUGCGAUUUGAUGCAGAACGGAAGCCUGCAUGACCAUUUGUUUGCUACAGAGGGUCACGGCCACCGGUUGAGUUGGCCGCUGCGGCAAAAGAUCGCGGUUGGAACGGCACGUGGAUUGGCCUACCUCCACACCGGAGCUCAACCAUUGAUCAUCCACAGGGACAUAAAGGCGAGUAACAUACUUCUGGAUGAGAACUUCGAGCCCAAAGUAGCAGACUUUGGGCUGGCAAAGUUUACGCCGGAGGGGAUGUCCCAUGUCAGCACUAAGGUAGCCGGAACCCUAGGAUACGUUGCUCCUGAAUACGCCUUGUACGGGCAAUUGUCUGAGAAAAGUGAUGUUUUUAGCUUCGGAGUGCUGCUGCUCGAGCUCCUCAGUGGAAAGAAGGCAUUCGGAUCGAGGAGCGAUGGACAGGCUUUUGUUGUGAGCGAUUGGGCGUGGUCUUUGGCGAGAAGAGGGAGGGCAUUGGAUGUUAUCGAAGAAGGGAUGGAUGAAUUGGGGCCGAGAGAAGUGCUGGAGAAGUACGUUCAUGUAGCUGUUCUCUGUACGCAUCCUCAGUUUCAUGCGAGACCUGCGAUGGAUCAAGUUCUGAAGAUACUGGAGACUGAUUUGGCUGUGCCUGCGACGGACCGAACCUUUCCCAUUCUCUCGCACACUGAGAAUACUGAAUCUAGCAGUGAGUCGGGCCUGCUCUCUAGCUCUCCUGGGUACCGGUCAUUUACCUUUGGGAAGGAUGAUACUUCAAAUGAUUCGGGAAUCGUGUCUGAAUACUCGCCGGUUGUUUCCAAGAUGGACAAAUCAUUAUGAAGGGAGCUUUGUAGUUCCACGGUUUCCAUGGGAUUGAAGGUUUUACCUUGGCACAAAUCUUGCCUUCAUCUCCAUUAAAUUACAUAUCUAGUUGACUCUUUGAGAGAUAUUCAAUUCAAAAUAUAUAUUUUUUUUUAUCUUUCAAUCUAGUGAAGCUAAAUGCUAAAUCUACGCUAG